AUGGCGAACCCGUUUCUGAUGGAUGAUGAGCCGCUAGCCGGCAGUGAUCCAACACCGAACCCGUUUCUGUUUGGGGACGAUGGCCCUGCUGCGGACGAGUCGGACAAUCCGUUCCUGGCGCAGGGCGGAGGAAGUAACCCGUUCGCCGACUUUGGUGGUGGUGGUGGCGAUGAGGAUAUGCCGAUGGCCGUUACUGCCGCGAUGGAUCUGUUCGGUGGCGGUGAUCCGGUCGUGGUAACGUCCGGUGCCCAACUGUUUCUCGCGAGCGAUCAGAUCAUGACGUCGACAGCGGCAGCUACUGGUGUUACGGGUGGUUUGCCGGACCAAACGAUGGGUACGGCUGGUGCACCGAACGGUGGCGCUAACGCUAACUUCUUCCACACCACAAUCAACGAAGAGGAUGAUCUAAUCAUACCGAAGCCAACGCACUUGCAUUUAGGUUCGAACACUACGGCCGCACUGAUGGAUCCGGACGGUGCUGCUGGGUUGUACUCGAGCGAGGACGAACUCUCGCGCGGUGGUGCCAGACCGCACAAACCGGUACCGCCACGUCCGAUACCACCUUCGCACGCCACCCAACAGUUGAUCAGCUCGAUCGCGGAUCAGCUUGACCAGACCAGCACGAAUCUGCUGCAGAAGAUACCGGUUACGCGUACGCCCAGUCCGGUGUCGAUGCGCGAUCUGCAUUCGCCCAGUCCGACGCCAGGUGAUUUCGGUGACCUGAUGUCGGGCAGUACCGGUGAUCCGGGCUCCACCACCGGUGACAAUCCGUUUGCGGACGAACCAACGAUGGGUGACACCGUAACGCCCGUGCAGAAACCACCCCGCCCGAGACCACCACCACCACGGCCGGCACCGCCGAAAAGUUCGCUAGCAUCCUCACCGGUUAAUCCACAGCCGGUGGCAACGGCACAGGAACCGGACCUGUUCGAUCUGUUCGGUACGGGCCCGGCCCCGAAACCGGCGGCCCCUCCUAAACCACCCGCGCCGAAAACGAAGGAAGACAUCCUGUCACUGUUCUCACAGCCGGCACAACCGACCACGGCCGCAAUGGCACCGCGACCCUCCCAACCGGAUCUGCUCAGCGACGAUCUGGACGAUCUGCUCGGCGGUAUGUCGGCAGCAACCGGUGCUGGACCGGAGGCUGCCUUCGUGCCGAACUUGGCGGAAAAUCUCGCUACCGUGGUGCAACCCUUAGCGACCGUACCGACCGCGGUACCAGCGGCACCCGUCGCGGUACCACCUCCGAAGCCUCCACCACCGGCAAUCGUGCAACAGCAGCAGCCUCCACCGCAGGAAGUCGCCGUGCAGGAGGAAGUCCCCGUGCAGGAGGAAUUACUGCCGGAGGAACUUUCAGCGCCGGAAAGCUUCAUGGAGCCGUCACCCGAAAUCGUGCUGGAGGUGGCACCGGCAUCGGAUCCGAGCGAUGCGAUGCGUUCGGAGGUAUCGUCGGAGUACAGUCCGACCGGAUCGAAUAUAACGUCCGGUAACAUUCCUAGUUCCGUGUCGGGUAGCAUCGUUAACCUGCCGACGCUCGAUCGUGCCCCACACGGUGGGAUGGAGAUGGAGAUGGAUACGGCAUCGGAGGAUCCGAUUGCCGGUGUUCCUACGAUGCCAGUCGACACCGACGGUAUCGAUUACAAUCAUGUGGAGCAACAGCCAGCGCAUACGACACUGUUCGAAGAACCGGCUAGUACCGUAACGCAAUACUACGGCGAAGCGUUACAGGAUCAGUUAAUAGGGGGCGGUACGAACGGUAGCACCACGGUGAAUCCCUUCGCUAUGGUGGACGACGAGGAACCGGUAACGGCGGCGCCUGUUGACAGUGGGCUCGCCUACGCAAACGAACUGUUCGGUGCGACCAAUCUGGCCAACAACAACAACACGAUGGUAACGCACCAACCCGAACCGGAUGCGUUCGAUUCGUUCGCGGCCAAGUUCGAGGGUAAGCAAACCGGCGGCGUUGGUGUCGGUGGACUAGCAACCGGUGCGACGGGACGUGCGGAAAACAUCUUUCUCGAUGACGGUGAACUCGGUGGUGGAGGUCAUGUGGCCGAGCUGGAUGCAUUCGGCGGAGAUGCCUGGGGUACGGGUGCACCGGGCAGCAUCGGUGGUGGGUUCGACGAUACGAAGGGUGAUGGGUUCGGUAAUGACGAUGGUUUCGAUGAUCCUUUCCUGAGCAUGCAAGCACCACCAGCUCCGGAGGGCACACCAUUCGGUAGAUCACAUUCGCGCGAUUCGGACGAAGGUCGAGAGUUCAGUGUUGUGAUUAGACCGAAAGAAGGCGUGGAGACGCAAUAUUCUGCGCUAGCAUUAGCACCACCACCCAAGAGCCCUCAGACGGCUUCCAUCUACUCCGGUGACUCGUCGCCGCGUGUGAAUCCGUUCGAGCGUAGUGAAGAAGCUGAACCCAUCCCUGUUAGCCUUCCCGACAAACCACAACUGGAGCGUACCGACUCGCAGGAAACACCACCGACGCCACUGUUCGACGAAGAUGUGUCACAACCGUUGGAAGAUUUCCCGCGCGUCAUCUACCAUGGUGAUGGAUGGGAGAUGCAGUUACGCCAACCGAACAAGAAGAAGAUCACCGGUCAGCGGUUCUGGAAGAAAAUUUUUAUCCGGUUGGUGUAUCAGGGUGAUAGUCCGGUACUACAGCUGCUGAAUGCGGCAACCGAUAAGGAACCGUUCCAAGAGUUGCCACUGCAGGCAUGCUACUCCGUGUCGGAGAUAGGUGCCCAGCAGUAUGAUAACUUCGGCAAGAUCUUCACCGUAAAGCUGCAGUAUGUGUUCUACAAGGAGCGACCGGGUGUGCGGCCGGGCCAGGUAACCAAGGCGGAACGGUUGACGAACAAGCUGAGCCAGUUUGCUGCGUACGCGAUCCAGGGUGACUAUCAGGGCGUGAAGGAGCUCGGCAGCGAUCUGAAGAAGCUCGGACUACCGGUUGAACAUGCGCCCCAGAUAUCGCAGCUGUUCAAGCUCGGCUCGAUGAACUACGAGGACAUGAAGCAGUUCUCCGUGUGCAUCGAGGAGGCACUGUUCAAGAUGAACGUGCACCGGGAUCGUGCACUGACGUACAAGACUGAGGAGGUGCAGGUGACGGCGGUGGACGAGCUGUACGUCGAACAGGACGCGGAAGGCCACGUGCUGAAGCAAAUCGCACGCGUCCGGUUGUUCUUCCUCGCCUUUCUCACUGGCAUGCCCGACAUUGAGCUCGGUGUGAACGAUCUGUGGCGCCAGGGUAAGGAAGUGGUCGGUCGCCAUGACAUCAUACCGGUGGUGACGGAGGAAUGGAUCCGGCUGGAAGGGGUCGAAUUCCACACCUGCGUCCAGCAGGACGAGUACGAGCGUAGCCGCACAAUCAAGUUUAAGCCACCGGACGCGUGUUACAUCGAGCUGAUGCGCUUCCGCAUCCGACCACCAAAGAAUCGCGAGCUGCCGCUACAGCUGAAGGCGACCUGGUGCGUGACCGGCAACAAGGUGGAGCUGCGCGCGGACGUACUCGUGCCCGGUUUUGCGUCCCGCAAGCUCGGCCAGAUACCGUGCGAGGAUGUUUCGAUACGUUUUCCAAUCCCCGAAUGCUGGAUCUAUUUGUUCCGUGUGGAGAAACAUUUUAGGUAUGGUUCGGUAAAAUCGGCCCAUCGGCGUACGGGCAAGAUCAAGGGUAUCGAGCGUAUACUCGGCACGGUCGAUACGCUGCAGGAGUCACUGAUUGAGGUUACGUCCGGGCAGGCAAAGUACGAACAUCAUCAUCGUGCGAUCGUGUGGCGAUGUCCACGACUGCCGAAGGAGGGCCAGGGUGCGUACACGACGCAUCAGCUUGUCUGUCGGAUGGCCCUCACCAGCUUUGACCAGAUCCCGGAGCAGCUGGCACCGUACGCGUACGUCGAGUUUACGAUGCCCGCAACGCAAGCGUCCCAUACGACGGUCCGGUCGGUAAGCGUGCAGGAUUCGGAGAGUGAUGAACCACCGGAGAAGUAUGUGCGCUAUCUCGCCCGCCACGAGUACCGUGUUGGUAUCGAACAUACUACAGGUGAGUCGUUGAAUCCGUAUCUGGCGGCAACCACCGUUUCGAAGCAACCGAUCCAGGAAGAGCAACCUAUGGCGACCACACCAAUCGCACCGAGCGAUUCUGAUUCCGAUUCGAACUAAAAAAAAACAACCAAAAGCAGCUCUGACCAGUUUCAGGACCGUUUAAUGGGGGAAGGAUAGAUACAGAUAAUAUUACUAAAUACUCAAACAAAUACAUAAACACACACACACAGAGACAAGUCCCGUAAGGAUACUAGCUACUCCUAUGUAUUGAUACACACAAGUGUGCAUACGGAUGCAUACGCAUUACAUACAAUAUAGUAACUUAUAGCUGUUAUUGAAUUAUAUUAGUUGGACAAUAAACGACACACAGACAGGAACCUGGUAGGAUAGAGAGGCUGAGGGCAAGUGUGUGUGUGUGUGUGGGAGAAAGAAAGAGGUAACUGUUUCUCGCCUAGUGUCGCAGUCAACCUAGAGUACUACAGCAUGACGAGGCUUGUUAAAUCGAACAAACACAACUACUAGCAAUACGUCAGUGGAUUGAUCUGUCACAUUGAUCUGUGUAACACCGCGUAACGCAUAUGGCAUUUGGUAGGCAAAUGCCUGCAGUUAUGCAAACCGCAUUACAAAACGAUCGUUUGUCCGGAUGCUUACUUCGUUUCGUUUGGUUUGCCAAGACCCGUUGAAUGCUGGUUAGUGAACGACGGUAUCUGUCUGAGAUGAGCGAGAAACAAUCGUGCUAAGGUCAGCAGCAGCAAUACUUAAGCUUUUACAGCCAUUAUCGGAACCAGCACGUCAGUGCUAUUUCGGUGUGGAUGUAUGUGUGUAUGUGUGUGUCUGUGUGGAAAUGUGUUGCAGCGUAAGAUAUUAAUUAGGCAGUACUAGGGAAUGUAAGCAUUCAACAGCGCCACGCCACCCACAGCACACAUACAUCCACAAACGAGGACGUGCGCGUACGACUGAAAGAAGGAUGGCCCGUAACGUGGUUGUUUGUGCGACGCGCUAGGAAUAUUUAUCAAUAAUUUAGACAGCUUUCCCCCCUCGUCCCUUCUUCAAUGUGUCCCACUGUAAUCACUCAUCUGCUCUCAGGCACUCAUCAUGCUGCGUUACGGUGCAGCAUCUCACUGUACAUACAGGUAUGAACGUCGGUCUUGUAUUUCGGAUCGGCCUCCACGUACGCUUCGCGUUUAGUAGCAGAGUAUCAUUCUAGUACCACGCGUAUGAGUGAUGAGUAUAAAUACUAAACUUCAAGCUACGCGCAUAGUAUUACCCGCGUUCUAUAGCCGUGCAGCUAAUUCAUGACCAAAAAUCCGGCCCAGAUGUAAGAAAGGGAAUGAAUUGUUGACAGGUGUGACAGAUUGUAACGCUAGUAACUGAGGAGGGCUUUUUUUGUCUAUACUCCAACUUGUCUGACCCUUUCUUUCUCCCCCCCGAUCCGCGGUUAUAUACACUGUUAAGCUGCAGUUUAGUUGGUGCGGAUUAGCUGGUUUCGGUUCGGAUUAGCGGACCAAUUUGCGGGCUACGGCAGGACCUUUCGGCACCGUACUUGCCAGCAGGCGUUAGGCGUUAGGCGUUACAAUUCCACUGAACUGGUUUCAAUCAGUUAGACAGUUAGUGCAUUCCUAGGUUCGUAUGGUAACAUAUCAUUAGACAUUCCGAAAGCCAUCCAUCACUGAGUGAUGAUAACUUCUCGUACACGUUCCUUUUUAAUUAACAACAUGCGACCACAAACGCUACCUAACGCUACGGGUGUGAUUGAGAAAAAAAAUCGUUCUUUAAAUUUGGCCAAUUUUGUUGUUGUGGGUUUUUUUUUAGUUUUCAUCCCGGCUACCAUUUCCUUGCUUGCUGUCCAACUUUUUGGGCACUGGACCACAGAAUGUGCCGUGACGUUAUAAGUGAGCGCAAAGAGUGUGUGUUUUACGCGGUAUGCUUGAUGCGUUGAAUUAUAUACUACGAUUGAGUCGUUGUUUGUUGAAAUGAAUGGCUAUGUUAUGAUUUGGAAGCGUUAUAACCUCCCCCAUUGCCCGGGCACGUUUAUUGUUGGAACAGACAUUAGGAUAGCGUCUUUGGCGGGUAUGCGCUGCAGCAUGGAGUGAAUAUACGCAAGCAUAUAUGGUUCAUUAAAAAGAAGAAGAAAAAAAACAAAUUACACUUACCUUAAUUGAACAAAAAAAACCGUAGUGAAUAUAAACCAAAUGACAACUAAAUAUAGAAAAGCAAAUGAAAGAAAACAAAAACAAAAAACAAAAGCAAACCAACGUACGUGUAAUAAUGGUUGAUUAAUAUAGAAAUGCUAUUGCUAAUCGGUAAAAGAAAAUUGGUAAAUGAACCUAGCGGCAGAUAUGGGGAAAUAGAAAGCGGAAGCAAAACGAAAACAAACCCGCAAAGUUAUAAAAAGAACAGUAUAAAAUAAGCAGAGUAAAACAGUAAACUGGAAAAAAAGCGAAAGAACGCUGAUAAUAUCGCGCAAUGAAGAUAGCUUGAAAACAGUCAUCUUAAUGGGGUGAAAAAAAACACAAGUUAAGAAAAAAGGGUGUCGGGAUGCGAAAACAAUAUACAUAUAUACAUAGCUAUAUUAUAUAUAUAUAUAAAUGAAACUGAGAAAACCAAAAGUAGAUAUAUAUAUAUGACGCUAUACAGAGCAGAUAUGUGAGAGUCACACACUUCGGAUGUUGUUUGAUGCGGCCCGGUUGGCUUCGAUGAUCUAGAACAGGUGGCAGGUAUAAAGAGAGAAGGAGAGAGAGAGAGCGAGAGAGAGAUAGAAAGAGAGAGAGAGGCAAAAUGAAAUAGCAUAAAUAUAUUUCUUCUGCAGCUAGUAAAAAUACUUACAGUAGCCGUAACUACACACACACCACACUUACAAAUGACAGUUCAGUAUUCCCUGCACUGCGUUGCUUUGCGUUGAGUGCGUUUCUCAACCGCAGCCGUACAGUGCGGUUUUUUUGGCCGGCAAAGGUAAUAUUACUCACCCUACACGAAACAAGCAGCAAACAGUGCAGAUAAGAUAUCGUUAAUAAAAUAGCAAAGAAUGAAACACCGAAACAGACAGAUGCAAUACCGUACGAAAGGACGACAGAAACCCGCACAGCGCAACAGGUGAAAAUAUUCAUAUAUACAUAUAGUCAUCCCUUUGUGCAGAGAUAUACGGCAAUUCCAUUAUCGUACAGACGAGAGAGAGAGAGAGGGAGUGGGAUAGAGAGAGAGAGAGAGAGAGAGAGAGAGAGAGAAAGAGAGAAAAGAAAAUUUAAACCAAACAAAAAAACAAUCCCAAUCCAUAUAGUGUGAACAUGUGUGAACCCCCAAGACAUCGUUGUGAAAAUUGGUAAACCACUAUAAAUGGGUAAGGAUAUAGGCACCACCACCACGGUUCGAAUCUCGCAUAUAUAUAUAAAUACACACUCACACGAAUUGUUUCAGCGUGAAGCGAAGGGACGGUUGGUGAUGAACGAGAAAGAAAAUCAAUAACUUAAAUAAACUCAAAGUGUUAUACAGACUA